GAGAAUUAUAUGGCUAGACAUAAAAGUAACCGGAUCCGUCUUUCUUCUCCCGUUUCUUUCCUGGGCACUUCUUCCCAGCUCAUCAUCUUCUCUUCGCCUCUUCUCUACCCAUUUUCAUCUCUCUGCAAAAUCCUCCGCCUCUUCUCUACGCAAAAUCGUCCGCCUCUUCUCUGCGCAUCUUCCUUGUUGUGCCAAACCUCCGGCCUCGUCUCUACCUCGGCUCCUCACCUCAGCCUCGGCAGUCGCCGCACCUUACACUCGCCGUACAAACCGCCUUGCCUCACCGCACGGGUUGCCUCAUUUCAUCGUAGCCUCGCCGUAUAGCUUUGUUUCACAGGCCGCCUCCGCCUUGCCUCGCCUCGGAUGGAUGGAUGAAUUACGGAUUACCAGAUCUGUGGCAACCAGAAAGCGAGCAAACCAGAUCUAGGAUGGGUGGCGGCUAGGCUGAGGUGGAGGCUCGUCAGGGAUGUGCUACGCUGGGCUAUUGAAGGCGGGGCUGGGAAGGGGUGUGUCGAUGUUGGGCUGUUCGGAACCGGAGCUGGGGGAGUGAGCUGGGGAGGGCAGGGGAGGGGAUUGGGGUAGGGGAGGGGGUUAGGGCUAGGUCUGGGGGCAGCUCAAAGCACGGGGGAGUGAGCUGGGGCGGGGCAGGGGAGGGGAUUGGGGCAGGGGAAAGGGUUGGGACUAAGGUUGGGGGCAGGUCAAAGCAUUAUUGGUGGGUCAUUGGGGGCGGCGGUGGUCGGAGGUUUUGAGGUUGAGGGCUGGGGGUUGGUGAACGAAGAGUUUGAAGGCUUGGGCUGGACAGCGGGACUGCCGUAGUAGUUGUUGUUGGCGGUGUGGCGCCAGACAAGGAGCCGGAAAAUUUUCCGGUGAUCAUAGUGACAGGGCGGUGGUAGCGGCCGGAGUAACUUUUGGCGGGUGGCGUCACUGAAAAAUUAACUAGGUAGUGACAGCGUCACUAUUGUGUCACUAUGGUCGUUGUCACUAUGGCCGGCGACGGUCUCCGGUGGUGGCGAUGGUCACCGGUGGGAGGUGGUGGCAAGGAGGGUGGAUGUCACUGUGUCUCAUGUCACUGUAGCAUGUCACUGUAGCGUGUCACUGUAGUGUGUCACUGUAGCGUGUCACUGUGGCAGUGUGUAUGUAUAAGCAAGCUUGUCACUUAUUAGUCAUAUUUCAGGAAUUUUUAAAAAAG